UCGCGAGGCUCCCGUCGGUGCUUUCGAGGGCAAUGGCUGCGGCCGUGGCUGGGAUUCUGCGAGGCGGCCUCCUGCCCCAGGCGGGCCGGCUGCCCACCCUCCAGACUGUCCGCCAUGGUUCCAAGGCUGUUACCCGCCACCGCCGUGUGAUGCACUUUGAACGGCAGAAACUAAUGGCUGUGACUGAGUAUAUUCCCCCCAAACCUGCUGUCAAUCCUAGAUGCCUGACACCUCCUUCCAAGCCUUCCCAGGAGGAGACAGGCCUCACCCGCCUCCUCCGUCGGGAGAUAGCAGCAGUUUUCCGAGACAACCGAAUGAUAGCUGUCUGCCAGAAUGUGGCUAUGAGUGCUGAGGACAAGCUUCUUAUGCGACACCGGCUGCGGAAACACAAUAUCUUGAUGAAGGUCUUCCCUAACCAGGUCCUGAAGCCCUUCCUGGAGGAUUCCAAGUACCAAAAUCUGCUGCCCCUUUUUGUGGGCCACAACCUGCUCCUAGUCAGUGAAGAGCCCAAAGUCAAGGAGAUGGUGCGAAUCUUGAAGGGUGUGCCUUUCCUGCCGCUGUUAGGUGGCUGCAUUGAUGACACCAUCCUCAGCAGGCAAGGCUUCAUCAACUACUCCAAACUUCCCAGCCUGGCCCUGAUGCAGGGGGAGCUGGUAGGAGGGCUCACCCUCCUCAUGGCCCAGACCCACUCCCUGCUUCAGCACCAGCCCCUCCAUCUGACCGCCCUGUUGGAUCAGCAUGUCAGACAGCAACAUGAGGGGGACUCAGUUGUGCCAGCCAGUGGGCAGCCUGAUCCUCCUGAGCCUGUUACGGACUCAUAGCCAGCCUGUUGUACCCAGCCUGCCCAAAAUACACCCUACCCCAGUGGCUGUGCUGUCCUUCUGGAGAUGUGGAAGAACUUGGGUGGGAGUAGCAUGUGUUCCCUGGCUUCUACUGAGAAUGACCUCCAAUGAAGAAAGAUUUCAUUUCAGAAUGGAGGCUUUUAACCACUGUCUUUGCCCUUUGUUUUUCUAACUUGGGACCUGACAAGAGCAAAGUCUCAGCUCUCCAGGUUCGAAGCAGAGAAGCUGAACAGAUGAGGAUAUUAUCCUCUGCCUCGUGUUCACUGUCCCUCGCACAUGUCUCCCCAGCCUAUGCCCUCGUUGUCAGAAAGCUCAACUAAGUAAUCAUGCUAAGAAUGGCUUCUCUUGAGAGCCUGCUGUGCCAGACUGUAUGCUAACCACUUCCUAGGUAUUCUUUUAUUUCUUGGGCAGAGAAGUUAAAGAGCCUGCCCAAGGUCAUGCAGUUGGUAAGUGGCAGAACAGGGACUUGAAGCAGCUCUCUCUGCUCUGAAGACCAUGCUCUGGAUUUCUACACUAGAGCUUCCUCAUUAAGGUCCCAGGUGGGCUUGGAUGUUAAUUCACCCUUGGGGUGUGACAUGUUGUGGAAAGGUUGGAAACACUGCUUUAUGAUGAAAAGAAA